UCCGGUUUCAUCCGGAAAUGACGACAUCCACCAGAAGUUCUCGGCUGCUGGUUCUAGACGAGACAUCUGACGCCAGCUACAUAUAUUAGCAAUUCUCGGUUUUAAAUCUUGUUCGAUAUAACGUUAAAAUGUGGGAAAUCAAAUACAGAAUAGUGUCUCAAACAUUUUUGAGUUAAUCAUGCUAUUUAGCAAGAGCUAACCAUAAAGCUAACAGUUAGCUUGUUAGCUGUCAGCCGCUCGCUUUGUGUUCGCUGACUACAGGCAUGAGUGAAGAGGACAGUUCAGCAGCAAAAGACAAAGACUCGACCCUUCUAUUCACUAAAGAUGGACAGAGGUACUAUGUUAACAAAAGCGGAGUUGUCGACAGCAGAAAUGUGGUAACACCGCACGAAGCAGAGAACAACGUCUCCUCUCAUGGCUUGGAUGAUGCGGACGAGGAGAGCGACGUUCUGGACCCUUCGGAUCCCAGAGACAGCGCUGCCAGCCCGGAGGAGCUGAACGACGAGGAGACCUCGGAGGGGGACAGCGCCCCCAAGCAGUGCACGUAUGAGGGAUGCACGGAGACAACGACGCAGGUGGCUAAGCAGAGAAAGCCAUGGAUGUGUAAAAAACACCGCAACAAAAUGUAUAAAGACAAAUACAAGAGGAAGAAAAGUGACCAGGCCAUGUCCAGCGGAAAACUCGAUGAGAAUUCAGAAGAGCGGCCUGUGUCAGUGAACAAGCAGCGCAUGGGUGCCAUGGGAGACCGUCCUGCCAGACCUUCACUUAUUGAGCAGGUCCUCAACCAGAAAAGACUGUCUCUGCUGAGGAGCCCGGAGGUGAUCCGGUUUCUGCAGCAGCAGCAGCAGCAGCUGUUGGCCUCACAGAGCCGCAUCCAUUCCCAGCAGCAGUUCCAGGGCUGCUGAACCGUUGGUGUUGCAUACACUUGGAAAGACAACAGCACUUGAUGCAUAGAUGGACAUUUCUCUUCACUGCACGUUAACCUUCAUCUGCUAAGGAAAUUACAGUACACCCCAAAAUUUCUCUCCACAUAUAAUCACAUUGUUGAAGUCAUCCUAUUUACUGAAAUUAGUCUUUUUAUUUCCUGGAUUGUUACCCAGGUGUGAUGUUUGUAUGUUGUUUUGUUGAUCCUGUGCUUUUCUGUGUGAUUUCGCAUCAGAUUAGAGUUUUCUUGUGAACCUCUGGUUUUCUUAUCCUUAUUUAUAGUUGAGUGCUACAUUUUUACUUGUGACAGUCAGCGGUCAUACUGUCAGCUAAGUAAACUUCAGGUUAGGUACAGAAAA